CACUGCAUGCAUAUUUGGUAAGAUUUGAUAGAAAAUUUCUAUUGCAUUAUUUGUAUAUAUUUAUCCAUAAUUCAAUGAAAUUUCCAAUCAAUCAUGUUCACAUUUUCAAACUGAAGCAUUGAAACAGAGCAGUUUUCUGUGCAUAUAGAGGUUUAAAGUGAAUAAGUUCUUUAUAGUCGAAGUUCAAUGUCUUUAAUUUUUUAACAGUGUUGAGGAAAUCGUGUUUACCAAUACCUGGGAAAUUGUUUUGAUGGGAGGUUUAUACAGAGAUAAAGCAGGUGGGGGCUUAGUAGUUUAUCAUAUUGAACAGAUAAACAUAUUCAGUUUCUGUUCAAAGGUCUUCACACCUUCUUCAGUAAUGACUUUGUAGGGAGAUUGCAUGUUUGGUUCUGUGUUUUUUAUUUGUUUUUUGUUUUUGGUUAUAUAUGCUCUUUUUGCAGGGGGUUACUAUGUCAGUUGCACAGUUAAUACACAGCUAAGUGCUAUAGUAUAUCCAUUUGAUGGAUUUCAAGUGUUAUUGUUAUAUUGUGUUUUGUGUUUGAUUUAAUUAACUAUUGUUUUUGUAUUUUCUGCAUCAGUUAUUAGUCCCAAUUAUGUCCAAAUUCAGAGAAAUUAACUUUUAAGAUAGGGUACGUUUGAUUUCAAUGAAUAUAGAUUAGUAGGUAUUGAAUUUAUAAUUGUCAGAAUUAAGGUACCACUGUAAAUGUAUUGUACGUGUCUCCCUUAAAUGAUGAGACCUGUUUAAACGCAAAUUUAGUUAUCAGUUUAAGCUACUUCAAUGGGAAGGUGUGACUGGCUUUGAGUAUACUUGAACAGUACAAUGUAUCACAUUUCAGACAAUUUAUCUAUAGCUAGUAUAUAAACUUGAAUGUUGAGCCUUUGGGGAUUUUCUGUCCACUUGAACAUGUUAAUUCUUUCCCAACUGUACUGGGAAUCAACAAAUUUCAAUCUAAUUUAUCGGUGUGUUUUGUUACAGUGAUAGGCAAUUUUUUUUUCUAUGUUCUUAUAGUUACUGUUGAAAUUCUUGGACAGCAUAAGUUUCAAACGGGUAGAUUGUGAAUUAAUUCAAAGUGUUUGAUUGCAUUGCCAAUUAAAUGGUCCUUAGCAGUUCAGGAUUCUUGAAUUGUUUAUCGGGCCACCUGAGGACUAUGUUGUUUUCAGCGAGAAGUCAUGAUUAACAGAUGAUGCUUAAGGAGGAAUGAGGAUGUUGGGACAGAAGCUGCAUGUUUGGUCCUUCUACUGUGCUUGAAUCACAAGAGGAUGCAAAGUUAAGCCAAAUUCUGUCCAAGCAAAGACAGCACAAGGAACAGCUUCACCAAGGCAGACAGCUUUCAUCGCCAGAGCCUCCUCAUCAUCUGACCUCAAGUCACCACUCCACCCCUCCUGAACAGCAAACUCAUUCUAGUGUUUCCUUCUCUACGCAAGAACAAAACACAGGUGUCAGCACACUUGAUUUUCCAGUUGAUUUGGUUGGAAGAGCUGCCGGUUCUAGGUAUGGGAUAGACCGAGUCCCUCUACAAGCCUGGAGCAGUUCCAAUGACAGAAGUACGUCUCUCGGCCUUCAGAAAGGAACUUAUUCUACAGACCAUCAAGGAAGCUGGCAUUUGCAAAAUGUUGGUGUAGAUGCAGAUAAUGAUGCAAAGAGUCAUUCUAGUCUUUUGGAAUCGGAAUCAACAUAUAUACCUCUAGAGAUUGCCUCAACCCCGAAUCGACCAAUGACUGCCCCAGCAGUUACGAGUUCUGCCCCUCUAAAUAACUAUCCAUUUUACAUGCAGACGGACAAUAGACCUGCAACAUCUGCAGAAACUCGUUAUGAUGCAUACGAUCGUCGUCCAAUCAAACCUCUUAAUACUGAUGUGUUCAAGGGAAUUAGGCACAAUUUUCAAGUGUCCCCACCUACGCAAUCUGGCAAUGAACCGGCACUGGGAACAAAGAAGAAAACUCCGCCCACAGCACAAGCACAUGAUUAUGACACUAGUCAGGAAGCGUCGCAAAGUGAACAAAUUUUGAAUCCUACAAAAGAGAAUAUUCCUGUGGAGGAAAUAUCGAACAUUAAGGAUAUAUCAAAGGAUCGUAGGUCCUCAGCCAGACGCAGUACUUCUCAGAGGUCAGAUGGAAAGUCCUUGCAAAGAAAGAAAGACAGUGAACGAUCUGAUCGCAGUAGUAUACCAGUGUCUAAUAAAACUAGUGGCAAUAUAUCACGCACACAUUCAGACUACACACCCGGGCGGUAUGCCCCACGCAAACAUUCGGAACAAAGUGGGAAUUCUUCUAAUAAAUCCAGAAGGAGAGAUUCUAAGUCAAAGGGAAAUAGAGAUUCUGGAGUAUUUUCCAGGCCCAGCAGUGAUGCCAUACUGGACACAGACCAUCGGGCAGCCACAUUAAUACAGGCCACAUGGCGGGGAUACUGGGCUCGAGAGCACAACCCUGAGGUCGUCUCAGUACGCAAAGAGAUGCGGGCUCGCAGAGCGGAAGAUCACAUCGUGGUACUCCGGGCAGAAUUAGAUAGGCAGCGAAAGUUAUAUGAUGAGGAACGGCACAUGAGGGCCCUACAAAUGGAAGCCAUUCGAUGUUUGUGGAAGGAAGUGCAAUCCCUCCAAAACUGGAAGUCUGAAGUCCUCAACACACAUCAAUUUAAGAACACCGUGGAUUCCAGUCACCAAGACGACAGUUACAACUACAGCCAGGAGAUUCAGAACACUUUAGAGAGGGUAGGGGUUCGGCAUGGAGACAGCGGGAAGAUAGGUUACUCAGUGGAGGAUGAGCGACAGAGGGAACUAGAGAGGACAUGUGCCAGUCUGCAAAAUCAGGUGGCACAGCUGUCUCAGGCUCUGCAGUCUGUAUCCAGUGUUGUUUUCCAAAGUGGCAUCAUGACAGCAGGCAUGGACUCCAUCAACAAUGACGUGGAGCAGACAUUGUUGGUGACAGGGUAUGAGGAGGAGGAGAGCUCCAGCUGUGAGGAGAUGAGCUUUACUGGUUCCAAGUGGGCCACAGUUCCUCAUUCGCUCUCUCCCUACCCCUCUGAAGAAGAGGAACAGUACUUUUAUUCCUUCCCUCAGCUGGGCUGCCCCACCCCUCCUCGAAAUCUGCAUAUGGAGCACAAGGGAGAGAACUCCAUUGUCAUAUCAUGGGGUUCAUCUAAAAUAUUAGACUCCUCAUUUAAGGAAGUGAACAAGCCACUCCUUGGCUACAGAGUAUAUGUGGAUGACAAACCUGCAGCCAUGAUAAAUGGUCUGUCUGCCCUAGUCCAUGGCCUUAACCCUCAAGUAACUUACAAGAUUUAUGUAAAAGCAGUGUCUUCACUUGGAGAAUCCAACUCGUCUGACAUUUUGAUGGCUGCCAUGUCUCAAGCUGCACGUGUACGCACCUCUAGUACAGACAGUAACAGAACAGACAGUGAUCACGAUUCUACAGAGAGUUCAGACUUAGCUCGACGAAGAAAGGAGAAUCACCAGAGACAGAAACGCAGAAUUAAAUCUCCUCGCCAGGACAAGAGACAGUCCAGCAGAAAAGGGUCCAGUGCCAGUGAUCAAGAUAGACCCCCAUCUAGGUCUGAAAAAUCAAAGUCAAAUAUCGGUGCGAAUGGUGUUUUCAAGCAGCCAAAAAUUCACAUGAGGCCAAGCAGCAGAGAUUCAUCUCGGGUGCCAGAGUUGCAUGCUGAGCCACAGUAUUCAGACUCUGUCCAAGGCCUUCCUCAACCUAGUGAGUCAAAACGGUCCCCACAAGCAGGAAGUCAGAACAAAGGACCUUCUACCUCACAAAUGUCAGAGACUUUUACUGUUGAAUCUUCUGAGUCAUUGUUAAUGGCUAUCUCUAGAGCACAGAGUAGCUUAGGGAUGAAUGAGUCAAGCGAUCAGUCUGUAAAAACGCAUAGAAGGAAACGUAGUAAAGACUUAAAGACAUAUGAAUUACAGGAUGAUGAUGUUAAUCAGAAUCAAGGAAGUCCGAGUGCAGGGAGUGUUCAUUUUCAGAAUGUCAUGGACCAGUGUUCCAAAGUUGGAGGUGACAAAGACAAUAUGAAUAAAAGUGUGGAUAUACCAAGAGAGAAAACUCAGACUCAUCGAAGAACUCGGAGUAAAGACUAUGAAUGGAGAAAAGAGAUUGAUCUGUCUGGUCACACAAGGGAUCCAGAGAGGAAGGAAGUGAAGAAGGCUUGGGUGAAAGAUUCUCCAACGGGUGAAGUGCAUGGGAUUCCUAUCAUUGACGCAAGUAAAAGACACUCUUCUGGCAGUAGGCCAAGUAGUCCUGCACCUUCUGAUACUUCAGAAAAAUCAGAUAAGAAAAGAACUGUUGCAGAACUUCUAGAAAAAUUUUCCAGUAAAGGCAGUACAAAUUUUGGUACAAAUUCAUUAGGAACAGAAGGUAGUGAUCAACAUGCUAGCUUGCCUCCAAGGUCGAGAAGGACAAACAGCAAUGAAGACGUAAGUGCCAUGCCUGAAAGUAGAAGAACUCCCACCAAGAACAUGUCUCCAUCUUACACAGAAAGACGGAGAACUCCUUCCAAUGGGUCUGAGAGUGAUGCAUCAGAACUUUCAAGCUCUUCUGCUGCCAGACAGCUAGAUAUGGACAGGAAACCGGGACCAGGAAGCACAGGGAUAAACAAACUUUUACAAAAACUACAGAACUUCUCAAAGAGUCAGGAGGAAUCCCUACAGAACCGAGCCCAGAAAAUGAAGAAGAAGUCCACAUCUGAAAGUCCGGGAAUCGAGGAAGAACAUCGUCGUCCCCGAAGGAUCAGUGGGGGCAGCGAAGGAGACUCGGUAUCAGAGAGGACUAUCCAUCAGAGUGAUAGUUCUUCACAGUCGGAUGAUCCGCAACUCAACAGAAAACCUUAUAAGACCCACAAAAGAUCUGGCUCAGACCAGAAAGUGACUGUCUCUCACCACCACCAAUCAUCUGCACCUCCCACCCCCUCCCAUCGCUCCACCCACAGCACCAGCAGCAGGUUUGAGGACUACACCCCAAGACCAGGGUCUAAUGUCAAACGUACUGCAUCAUUCCAUGGGGUAACACCUUCACCCCAUAAGGUGGUUCAACCAAGAAGAAGUGGCUCAGAUGAAAAUUUGUAUGAUAAGGCGCAGGAACAAACACCACCUGAUAUGUUCACGACAGGAAACUUUAGCCGCAAACAAAGACAAGACAAACAGAGUGGUAUAAAUCUUCAUCACAUUCCGAUUCUCUCUGGAGCCCAGCUACAAAAACAGCAAAAACCAACGUAACAAGACCAACAUUGACAUGUACCAUGUAUAUGUGAAAAUAUGUGCAAAGGAACAUUUUUGAAAUACUUGAUAGCAAUGUAGUACAUUGUCAAGUGUCAUUAUUCUGACGUAGUCCAGAUACAUUAUACUGGUACUGAAUCCGUCUGAUGUAGUCCAGAUACUUUAUACUGGUACUGAAUCCGUCUGUCGUAAUCCAGAUACUUUAUACUGGUACUGAAUCCGUCUGACGUAGUCCAGAUACAUUAUACUUGUACUGAAUCCGUCUGACGUAGUCCAGAUACUUUACACUGGUACUGAAUCCGUCUGAUGUAGUCCAGAUACUUUAUACUUGUACUGAAUCCGUCUGACGUAGUCCAGAUACAUUAUACUUGUACUGAAUCCGUCUGACGUAGUCCAGAUACAUUAUACUUGUACUGAAUCCGUCUGACGUAGUCCAGAUAGUUUAUACUUGUACUGAAUCCGUCUGACGUAAUCCAGAUACUUUAUACUUGUACUGAAUCCGUCUGACGUAAUCCAGAUACUUUAUACUUGUACUGAAUCUGUCUAACGUAGUCCAGAUACUUUUAAUGUAUUGGACUCAGCACAAUCUCUCUUGAUUUAAGGAGGUACUCUAUAUCAUCAUAAUGGCUGACUUCCUUUUUGGAUGAAAAUAUAACUAUCAGCAAUAUUUGCCUAUUCAUUUAAAAAAUCAUUGCCUAGCUUAGUCGCUUUAUAGGUUAGCACGUCGACUGCUGAAUUGUAGAUUGCAGGUUCGAAUCCAACAGGGGUUUUUAAUUCUUUUCAGAUUGCUUUCUACUAAAACUGCAUUUUUUGACUAAAUAAAGUAGAUUUGAAAGUUUUCAAUUUCAAAAUAUUGUUGUACAUAUCCUCCACUUUUCAUCCAUAUCAAAUUUCUCUGGUGUAGCAUACCUCCUUAUCAGAAAAACUUUUUUUAUAAUUAGCAGGUUAAUUAAGUUUAAAACUGAUUAAUUCACUACUUAGAUAUUCGAGUAGAUCUUUUGGUGCACUGAUCUACAUGGAGCUAAGAGAUGUAUAUAAGCCCAUACUUUUGGAAGAUUGCAUUAUAUUCAUGAAAUCGUGUUGUAGAGGUAUACGUUUUAAUCUAAGUCAUGAAACGCUACACAAGUUCAUUAAUUAAGCAAGAGACAUGUAAUAAGUAUUGUUUUGUGUUCAGUUGUAUGUAACGUAGAACAAGUAUUUGUUGAGCUGUGUUUCAAUAUUGUAAAUUUUAACAUACUGUUUGUGGAAUAAAGCUGCGUUUUGAACGAGGUAACUUGCAUUAUAUAUAUAAGUUUGAGUGUAAUUUGCGGUGAUUACAAUAUCAGGAGAGUCAUCACUGCCUUGUAGAUUUUUAUUUUAUAUUUCUAAGAUAUGUCUCAGACUAUUUGGCAUUGCAAUGCAUAUAACAGUGCUUUCAAGAUUUUUCUCUCCUUUUUUUUGCGCGUUGUUGUAUUUAACAUGUUUAACAUAUUAUAUUUUGUGUUCUGUCCUUGUGCUAAUGAUUUAUGACGGUUAAACUAUUAAUGUAUUUCUUGAUGUCAUUGUGAAAAUUAAUUUCUAAGUACAUUAAGGAUAAGUGUAUUUAUUUCGUCAUUUCACAAUAGGAUGUGUAUGUCAGCAGUUGUAUUCCAGCUAAUAUGAAACUUCAUUUAAUUAAAUAAGAGAGUUAAGGAAGUAAACGAUUUGCCAGACAAGUAAAUUGUGAUAGAGUAACUCUGUGAUAUUUGAUAAUUUCAUCUUCCGUAUUGUCAAAGACAGUAUUUCUCAGAUUUUCAUCUGAAGAGAAAUUUUCAUAUGGGGAAAAUUUCUCCAAGUGCAUUUUAAGCACUCGGGAUGAGCAUGUUUUAAGAUAAAACUCAUUUGAUCAUGUACAUGUAUGAAGUCAAAUACACUUGCCGAAUAUUAUUUACAACUAACAUUUAGUGCGUGUCUUAUUUUUUAAAUUAGUUGUAAGAAUAAAUUCUUCCCUAGACUUAUUCAUCAAAAAAUCAUACCAUUAAACAUAUAAAGGAAUAAGGCAUAUUAGGAAUUUAUUUUUUAAGGCAUGCCAUUAAAUGAAAAGUUCUGUUCAUAAGCGUUUAUCAGCAUAACGAAGAGUUAGGAGCUCGGUCUGCAUGUACUCCAAUGCAUUGUUACUUUUCCAUGGAGUAAAAAGUUGUCAAAUUGACAUGAGUUUGGAGUAAAAGUCUUGUAAAUAAUCCUGUUGGCAGAACUAUUAUGUAAAAGAAAAACGUACUAAUAAUUGUAGUAAAUGGAUUUAUUUUAUUGUUUGUUUUUUGAAAUGCAUUUAUAUCCAUGUAUACGUAUGUAUGUUGCUGUUUUGUCAUUUUCAGGUGAAACAGAUCCGCAAUUUACAUGUAUUGAAAUGUAUGCUUCAGAAUAAAUUUACGAAAAUUAA